AUGGAGUCAUCAUGGCCAUUCUCAAGUUACGAUGGAAUUUAUCAAGUGACUCAGCAUAUGGCGAGUACCCAACAAAGUGAAGGAGAUUGCUUGUCAAAUGAUCACUUCUCAUCAUUACCUGAUAGGGUCCACCUUGAUCUCAAACAGAACGACUUCACCGAUUUGAUCAACAUAUGGGAUAAGUGGGGGGCUACCACUCGGGCAAAUUUUGAUAGAAAAUAUGGCCACAUAGCUCGACUCCUCAAGGUCCAAAUGGAUGAACAGUUGUUGAAGGCCAUUGUGCAAUUUUGGGAUCCAUCGUAUAGAUGCUUCGUGUUCAAUAAGGUGGAUAUGGUCCCCACAAUCGAAGAGUACUCGGCUCUCAUACAAAUCGAUCUCGAUAAUCCAGACAAGAUAUAUUGGAGAGGACAGAAGACCGGACACAGGCGAAAGUUAGCCAAAAUGAUGGGUAUUACCCCAGCGGAAGUUGAUCAGAAUCUAAGGAAAAAAAGGGACAAUGAAUGUAUCCCGUGGAGUUUUCUACGUAGCUAUAUCAUGAAGCACCGGGACACCGAGCAAGGACAGCUUGUGAUGGCCUUGGAAAUUUAUGGGCUAGUGAUCUUUCCCAAAGUUUUGGGACAUAUAGAAGUCGGAAUUAUAGACUUCUUCGAGCAAGUCAUCAACAAGGCCAAUCCUUCGCCCUCUAUUCUAGCGAAAACUUUCAGAUCACUGAAUUACUGUCGAAGAAAAGAAAAUAGGACUAAGGAACAAUGGAUCUCUAGACUUCGGGAACUCAUGAGUGUGGAAGUAACAUGGAGAGCCCUGUGGAUGCUGCAUCACCCGGUCUUGUACAAAUGCGGAAAUGAACCUUGGGUACCGUUAAUGGGGCCAUGGGGAGCCAUCAGUUACGCCCCAAUUAUGGUGAGAAGACAAUUUGGGUCAGAGCAGUUUGUGCCGAUGACACACCGACUUAUUACUUUGGAGUUUGCCUUUGGAGAGCCGGAUUUUCUGAAAAAGAUUGAGGAGAUUGCGCAGGCUUGGAAGAAAACUAGCCGAGUUGAUCAAGGGAGGUACACCGACGAAGUGACUACCGGAUAUCAGAUGUGGCAUGACCAAAGAGUUAAGGAUGUGGUAUAUCCGAAAGAAGAUGCACUACGUGGCCCAGUUGAUCCAGAACCAUGA